AGUGCCACUUUGCCCACUUUCCUUCUCCACCUGCACACGACGUAUACCUGCUCACUUUUGGCACAUUUACUUAAACACAUCCACACAUGCGGCUAUGUAUUAGGAUCUCUAUCUAUUCAAACUUGACACCAACCACACUGCACACACACACACACACACGCGUGCUGUUCCUCCCAGGUAUAUUUUCUCUUUUCUGAAGGAGAAGACCACAAUGGCACCGUCAAUUCUGCAGAACGGUGGAUUUGUUUUGGGCUUGAUCGGCGCGGCGGCCCUCAUCGCAGCCACUGCCAUGAACAAGUGGAGUGUCAAGGACAGACAGGGGGAGGUGGUGACAUCUGUUUACACCUACAAGGGUCUGUGGCAGGACUGUGAGACAGCCUCCUCUGGACUCACCGAGUGUCGCCCGCUCUACGGCCUCCUGGGCUUCUCAGGCGCCUUCCAGGCCGUGCGAGCCCUGAUGAUAGUGGGCGUGGUGCUGAGUGUGCUCGGGGCGGUGAUGUCCAUUUUUUCCCUGACCUGCCUCACCAUGAACAGCAUGGAGGACACCACCAAGGCCAAGAUGAGCCUCACCGCUGGCAUCAUGUUCAUCAUCGCUGGUGCGUGCGGCAUCGCAGGAGCUUCUAUCUACGCCAAUCAGAUCGUGGCCAGUUUCAGGAUGUCCUCCGAAUACAACUAUGGUGGUGGACAGGGAGGGAUGGGGAUGGGCAUGGGGGGAGGGAUGGGGGGAGGGAUGGGGGGAGGAAUGGGAGGAGGGAUACCCAGAUACACGUUUGGCCCUGCACUGUUCAUAGCCUGGAUAGGAGGCGGCGUCCUGCUGAUCGGUGGCAUCCUCAAGUCGCUGGCCUUCAGGGAAAUGGUGAAAGAUGAAAAACCACAGUACCCAGGGGUUGUUUACAAACCUCAGUCCCGCACCAAAACCGACCCGGGUGAUCAUCAUUCAGACGGCGGCAAGAAAGUCCAGAAUUAUGUGUAGCUUCGAAACACAGCCUCGGCACUGACAAGUGUUUUUUUUGCUAAGAUGUUUUGGCUUUUUAGCUCCUCACGUGCAGCAUGGCUUGUGGGAGGUGUUUUUGUUUUCAUACCAAUUCAAUACAGCAAUAUUUACAAUCUGGUAAUGUUAGUCCAUCACAUCUCACAUCCAAACACAAGUCCAACAGAUGUUAUAAAACAAAGGAGUUGUGGCAAAAAGUUUAACAUGCACAUUUCAGUGGUUACCAGAUAUUUAUGAAUAUGCAUAUACUGUGUGUAAUUGAAGCUUUUUUAACUUUGCAUUUGUUAAAUCAUUUUUCAUGGUAUGUUUGAAAAUAAAACACUGAUUUCUGAAA